CUCGGUUCUAGCCCGGACUCUGCCAUGAAUGACUUCAAGACAGAUCGGACAAACCUGGUGGGAGUAAAUCUCGGGGAGGCCAUCUUUAUAGAAACGUCGCUGAAUGCUUAAGCAAUUGAUUGUCAACACCUUGAAGCUGCUUGGGUGUUGUAGGUAGGUACCUAGGUAGGGAUGAGUGCUAUAUCUUAUCCCUAGGUAGGCCCAGAGUAGGCCCUAUACCUGCAUGCUACAGCAACUACAGAAAGCGCUAUAGAGGUAGGUGGGUACCUACCUAGGUACCUGGGUUUCCCUUUGAAGUUGCCAUUUUUUUUUUGGGUUAGCGGCUCAAGGAAGGGACCCUCCUCUGGCCAUCUACGCACCCCGAAACGGCGUGAUCACGCUGUAGCAGCCAACGGGCCUUGCGUCUCGGUCUUCGCCUACGCCACGAUCAAUCCGGCAUAUAUCAUAAGUAUACAGAGCGUGUGGCCGCUGGCAAGAAAUGGCAUCAGCAUCAACAACGUCCGCCGAACUUGCCGAAGCUGCGACAGACUAUACACGAUUACACAUCACACCAUUUGACUUGUCCCUCCAGAGCGUUGUGAUCCCCGCCUCUGUUCUACCGCGCGCACGCAACAUAUCCUACCAUACCAUUGAGACCUUCCCCGAGAAGCGCUUUGGUUUCGUUGAUCUGCCCACAAUGGAUGCCGAUAAGCUCAAGAAGAAACUCAAUGGCGCUGUUUUGAAAGGGUCCAAGAUACGCGUAGAGACGGUGCGUCCCGAAUCGGCACCUCAACCCGACGACGACACAACCGAUGCAAAGAAAGAGAAGAAGAAGAAGAAGAAGUCGAAGAAGCGGAAGCACGAGACCGACGUGACUGAAGGCGUUCAGCUCGACGGCCGCAAAGUCAAGCGAGGAUGGACGACUACGGAGCAAGAAAUGAUCGAGGAGAAGCGCAAAAAGGCUAGGAAGGACAGGAAGGAAAAACAGCUAUCCAAGGAUGAAAAGAAAGAGAAGAAGGACAAGAAGAAGAGGGCAACUGUCAAAUCGAAGUAUACUGACGAACCUGAAUGUCUCUUCAAAACCAAACUCCCUAGCGGCACUCCUUCGGUUGAAACCAAGGAGACCGGCGACGAAGAAUCAUCAUCACACAAGAAAAUCCGAGGCCGAAGGGGCAAUCGCGAAGUCAUUGUGCACGAGUUCGAAAAGACUACCAAGUAUCCUACAUUCCUUAAAUCCAGUUCAACCGGCGCUGGCGCCGAGGCGACUACCUUUGAGGAUGGUGUUGGCUGGGUUGAUGGUAAUGGAAACGUGGUUGAACCAGUGAAGUCAAAGAGGCGGCCAGAAGUCAUAUCGGCUCCAAUUCCCGCCAAGCCUGAAAAAACCACGCCUUUAUCUCAAGAAAAGGCGGUAGAGGAGGAGGACGACGACGACGAGACGAGUAGCAGUGGAUCAUCCUCGUCUGGUGAGGAUGAUGAUACCUCUAGUUCCGGUUCAGACUCUGAGGCCUCAGAUCAACCGUCGAAAACAGUAAAUACGCCCAAGAAACUCGAAGUCAAGACCCCAGAUUCGAGCAGUCCCUUGACAGCCACCAAGCCUGAUUCCGCACGUCCCAAGUCUUCAGGGUCCAUCACAAGCCUGUCAAUCAAGAUACCACCAGCCACACCCGCUGCCAAAAAGAUACACCCUCUUGAAGCCUUGUACAAGCGACCGCAGGGAGCCGAUGGCGAGUCCAAUGGUGGCUCCGAGAUGGUGCCUUUCAGCUUCUUCGGCAACGAGGAUGACAUGGAAGAUGAAAACUCGACGGUUCCUAUGAGCCAAGCGCCUAUGACUCCAUUCACGAAGCAAGAGUUUGAGUUCCGGAACAUUCGAAGCGCCGCGCCCACACCCGACACGGCGCACCCCAGCCGGUCCUUCAACUUUUGGGCCUCGCAAGACUCCGUAGACGAUAAUGGGUUGGAUGCGGAGGAUAGUCCCACGAAGCUUGAUGACGUGGCAGAGGAGGAAGAUGAGCAGCAAGAUGAAGAUGUAGAUAUGGAGGGGAAUAUGGCAGAUGAGCCGACCAGCCAGACGCCGGCGAGCGACUUCCAGAAGCAGUUUUGGGAAAGCCGAGGAGAUUUGAACCGUGCGUGGAGGAAGAGGCGAAAAGCGGCGGCAAAAGAGAAGCGGUAUCGUGAAAAUCGAGCGAGGGCAGAACGUGCCAUCUAAUCAUUCAAUAUUCUCACUACUAGGAUAUGAUACGAUCAUGAUAAUAAUACCAUUCGGAUAUUCUUUACUUUAGCUGAUCCAUGCUUACACACGUCCUUCAUGCUUAUUAUAUUCAGGCGGGAAAGCCGAUACAUCUUACCGAGUUCGUUAUACAUGUCAUAUCGAGAGUGUAAUUCACCAGAUCCUUGCUCGCAAGCAAGUACGUGUUCACAAUAUGUGUUGUGAGAACAGUGAUUCUGGAUUAUCAGCGGAAGGUCACAACAGAACUACGCAAUUACUUUCAAAUAUAGCAGUGAGUGUGAUUACGGUGACAAUAUAAUGAACAUGCUACGUUAUGAAUAAACGGGGCACAGAUGUGUUUCGGGGUCACAUAAGAGAAAGUCUGAAUUUCCAAGGAGUGACUCGCAGAGAUAUUGACAAGACAAUCUGUUUGAUUCUCGAGAACUCGAAUUGUUUGCGAACUUGCCCGCCCCCAUGCACCCGCCACCCCCAAUCUAUUCAAAUAAUACGAUCCAUA